UUUUUUUUAACUGGGCCUUAAGGAACUUUCUCUUCCGCUUUUUGGCAUUUUUCCUGACUGACGUUCGGGAGGGCCAGUAGUCGUACACCACCCACCCUGUCGCAGCCAAUCAGAGGGUGGCAGGAGGAGCUGUGAGGAAGGGAAGUCUUAAAGGGCCAGCAGCAGAAUAAAGUUGCGAGGAGAGUUGCGUGUAAAGGAGAUAUUUGUUGCAAGGCGAUAUAGCUCACCUUGGCGGAGGAUGGAGCAGGCGGCGCCUAAAAGCAAGCUAAAAAAGCUAAGUGAAGACAGCUUAACUAAGCAGCCAGAAGAAGUCUUUGAUGUCUUGGAGAAACUUGGUGAAGGGUCUUAUGGCAGUGUAUUUAAAGCCAUUCAUAAAGAAUCAGGGCAAGUAGUGGCAAUUAAGCAAGUCCCUGUUGAAUCAGAUCUACAGGAAAUAAUUAAAGAAAUUUCUAUAAUGCAACAAUGUGACAGUCCUUAUGUUGUCAAGUAUUAUGGCAGCUACUUUAAGAACACAGACCUAUGGAUUGUUAUGGAGUACUGUGGAGCUGGUUCAGUCUCAGACAUAAUUAGAUUACGGAAUAAAACACUUACAGAAGAUGAAAUUGCAACCAUUCUUAAAUCUACGCUUAAAGGACUUGAAUAUUUGCACUUUAUGAGAAAAAUACACAGAGAUAUAAAGGCUGGAAACAUCCUCUUAAACACUGAAGGACAUGCCAAGUUAGCUGACUUUGGAGUAGCUGGGCAGUUAACUGAUACAAUGGCAAAACGCAAUACUGUCAUAGGCACCCCAUUUUGGAUGGCUCCAGAAGUAAUACAAGAGAUUGGCUAUAACUGUGUGGCAGAUAUUUGGUCACUUGGUAUUACUUCAAUAGAGAUGGCAGAAGGAAAGCCACCGUAUGCUGAUAUACAUCCAAUGAGGGCUAUUUUUAUGAUUCCUACAAACCCCCCUCCAACAUUCCGGAAGCCAGAGCUUUGGUCUGAUGAAUUCACUGAUUUUGUGAAAAAAUGUUUGGUGAAGAAUCCCGAGCAGAGAGCUACUGCAACACAACUUUUACAGCAUCCUUUUAUUAAGAAUGCCAAGCCAGUCUCAAUUCUAAGAGAUCUGAUUACUGAAGCUAUGGAAAUUAAGGCUAAAAGGCAUGAAGAGCAGCAGAGGGAACUUGAAGAAGAGGAUGAAAACUCGGAUGAAGAUGAACUGGAUUCCCAUACCAUGGUAAAAACAGGCUCAGAGAGUGCUGGGACAAUGAGGGCUACAAGUACGAUGAGUGAGAGUGCUCAAACAAUGAUUGAGCACAAUAGUACAAUGUUGGAAUCAGACUUGGGGACCAUGGUCAUAAACAGUGAUGAUGAUGAAGAAGAUGAAGAUGAAGAUGGAACUAUGAAAAGUAUGUUUCAUUUUCCUUUCUGUUUAAAGCAUUUUAUUGGUUCUCCUCUGUACUGUAUAAGUUAUCAGUGAACACACACUUGAAUCCAAUUAUGGUGUGGAUUCUGUAAAAGAAUGUAUAAGUUAACAUCAUGGGAAAAGAGGUAGUUCAUAUUGAUGCUGGCUGCAUUCCGGAGUUUGUGCAGAUCUGUAUACUUGAGCAUUAUUCUUUGUUUUCCCUGGCAAUAGUUCUCUGCUAACUUGUUUGCAUGGGCCUCAGAAAACAAAUGAUCAACUAGAAAAUUCCAUGAACACAUGGGUUUCUUCUGUAAGAUGAAUCAGGACUGCUGGAUUGCUGGAUUCAGAAUAUUAGUUCUAUAGUCAUUACAUACUUUAUGCUUUAUUCUAGAAAUUAAUAUAUGUUUUAAAAAAGAUUG